UCGGAACACGUGAUGGCGAAAGGUGUCGGGCGGAAAUCCUUGUGGCAGCAGGUUUGUGAGGAGUACGAGCAGGAGCUGCCGACCCCCCCGGCGGCACACGGCUGGGCAGACGGAGAUCCGGCCGCCACUGCCAGCAAACAGUCCCCGGGUGUCUGCCCUGCGAUCCAGUUCCUGGAGAGAACCGUCUUCCCUGUGUUGCUGCCUGGGCUGGAGGCCGUGCUGAUGGAAGCGCAGAAACAGUGCUGCCUGGAGAAAAGGAGGACCCGGUUCAACGCCUGUGACUUCUUGGCCGAGUGGCUCUACAACCACAACCCCUGCAGGGUGGGACAGGGACCCCCAGUAAGAUUCCUGGAGAUCCCUUUUGUUCGGGACUGGCUGAGCAAGCAUCCUCGGCCACCCACCCCCCUGUCCUUGCUGCUGUCGGAGGAUGAGGCGGCGGUUCUGAUUCAGUCCUACUGGCGUGGUUACAAGGUGCGCAUCCUCCCCGACGUGCAGGAGCUGCGCGAAUGGCAGAGGGAGCUCCGCGCCGAGAGCCGUGACACCGCAGCACCGCCGCCGGGCUUCUGCACCCAGCAGGAGGGCAGAGCGGGGCGUGAGAUCGAGGACCUGGAGGGAUCCAUGCAGCCCAACAGCUCGGGGGUCUCCAUUCUGGUGUUGUCACCCAGCCCGCAGAGCAUCGCGGCCCUGUCGCCGACUGCGCAGCUGACGCAAGACAACCAUGACGCGGUGCAGGGUGCGGAGUCCACUGAUCCACCUGCUCAGGAUACGCAGUCGUUGCAUGUACCUGGUCAGAGUGUCAGCCUGUUUCCCCCUCUUUUGUCAUAUAAGUAGGAUUUGUGUGCUCGCCGGACACUGACUGCAAGGGCUGGUCAGGUUUUUCCCCCAUAUUCGGGCUCCUCAGCAUAUGAACGCACCCGAGACUGGAAGUCUGUUUGUAACUCAUUUUGUUUGUAAGUCUAGUCAUUUUGUUUGUAAGUCUAAAGUCACUUUUACC